AUUACCGUUAUCCGACAGAUUUUGAGCCCCACGAUAUCCCGUUGGCGGGUUCGUGCCCACUGUUACGAAGGCUGUCAGACGUCACGAUGAGCUCCGAGGUGGGGGUGGUAGCUGCUCUCUGCGCACUCCUGGCUGUCUUCUGCCCCGAGGCCGACGCCAUCACAGGGGGCUCCCCGGUGCCUAUCGAGAGCUUCCCCUAUCAGGUCGCUAUCGACCAGUUCCGCAACCAGUCUUGUGGUGGCGCCCUGAUCGGGAAGAAGACGGUCAUCACCACGGCGAGCUGCUUCCACAGGAGGGAGAUUGAUGUCUCGGACGUCACGGUACGCCUGGGGUCUGCCACUCGCACCGGCGGCCUCAGCCUUGGCGUCGAUGACUUCCUCCAGCACCCGGACGUGGACGCGGUCCUCCUGUACCUGGACCAGCGGGUGACGCCCCGCAAGGAGAUCAAGUUCGUCCCGGUGCCCACCGUGCCCACCGCCAUCAGGCAAGGAGAGCUGGUUACGAUCUCGGGCUACGGUGACGUCAGCUGUUUAAUCGCUCACCCACAAGUGUAUGUUAUUUGUAACGACGACUUUGAGGUGGAAAAAUUUAAGGGUUAUUUUUGUUUCCAAGGACGAGUUGAGGGCGGCUGCACUUCUGGCCAUGGACGUGGAGGUGUGCAAGGACGUGUACUUCUUCUCGGUCAACACGAGGGCGUGCGCAGGGGGCUGGACGGCCGGUAUGUGUGGCCUGAGAGACGUCGGAAGCCCGCUGGUCAACUGGCUGGGCGAGCUGGUGGGUCUGGCUGUGCAGAGCCACGGCUGCGGACAGCCUGGCUUCCCCACCGUGUUUGCCGACCUCACCGGUGCCGACGUCCUCACUUGGAUCGAGGACAACAUGGACAUGAAGACGGACGCGACGCGAGCGCAGCGCCUGUGGUCAGCUUAGCAGGUGACUGCGUGAUGUUCCACCUGUCAUAACUGUGGCGCGAGGCCCAGCUACUCCCGACUGGUCACGGGAUCUCAUCCUUCCCUAGGUGUUCACAUUUUCGAAAAAAUAAAAUAAAAAAUAAUAAGGACUUGUGGAGCUUGCCGGUAGUUAAAUGUUAGUGCGCCCUCGCAUCAGCGAGGGUUCAUAGUCAAGGUUGAAAUCACUUUUCAUGCCCGAAAAGAGCGACGUAUGUAUACAUCCGUUUAAUUAGGGAACCACAAAAACGACUCUAAACGAGAGGGGUUGAAUUUGAUUGAAAAUGUAUAUUAAUCCCUGGAGUGACUUAAGUGGCUCUGCGGCUUUACCGAUAAACGGACCAUACAAAUAAUAAAUAGUCAUUACUUUUUGAUAAAGGUUAAUAAUUAAGACA